ACAAAAUGUAAUUUCGACGGUGGAGAUUUACUUACCGGAGGCCAAUGUCUAGCGGACGACAGGUUCUGAAAAUUCUGAAACCUUCCAAAAUCAAGAGCAAGGGGUCUCCCUCCAUUGUAUUGGAAUGUCUCGCCAACCGUCCAUGCAUUGAAAUCCAGUGGCUGAAAAUCCACUAUACGAACCUUCUCGAACCUCCUUCGGAACCUAUAUGUAAUGAGAGACGCUCCUGCCUCUGCUCUUCACUGUAGCUCCAAAGCAUAGCAUUGCCAUUUUCAGAGUCUUAAGUUUUCUCUACUGUGCUUCUUCUCUCGUUUCAGUGAGAGUGAACAAUGGCCGGAAAUGGAGGGGCUCCGGUGAUCGGAAUCGAUCUCGGCACGACGUUCUCGUGCGUCGGAGUGUGGCAGUACGAUCAUGUUGAAAUCAUUGCGAAUGACCAGGGCAACAGAACGACGCCAUCUUACGUUGCUUUCACUAAUACGGAGCGGUUGAUAGGAGAUGCUGCAAAGAACCAGGUCGCUAUGAACCCUGUCAACACUGUGUUUGAUGCAAAGCGUCUGAUUGGUCGGAGGUUCAGUGAUGCCUCAAUUCAGGAUGAUAUAAAACUCUGGCCGUUCAAGGUCAUUGGUGGUAUUGGUGACAAACCCACAAUUGUGGUCACUUACAAAGAAGAAGAGAAAAAGUUUACCGCUCAAGAGAUUUCAUCUAUGGUCCUCUCAAAGAUGCGUGAGAUUGCUGAAGUCUACCUUGGUUCAACAGUGGAUAAGGCAGUUGUCACUGUCCCUGCUUACUUCAGUGACUCUCAGCGCCAGGCAACAAAGGAUGCUGGGGCUAUUGCUGGUCUUGAUGUCGUGCGCAUCAUCAAUGAACCCACUGCUGCUGCCAUUGCCUAUGGCCUUGACAAGAAGGGAGGGGGUGGUGGCGAGAAGAAUGUCCUUAUCUUUGAUCUUGGAGGUGGCACUUUUGAUGUCUCCCUUCUCACAAUAGAGGAAGGUCUAUUUGAAGUGAGGGCCACUGCUGGAGACACCCAUCUUGGAGGAGACGAUUUUGACAACCGUAUGGUGAACUAUUUUGUACAGGAAUUCAAGAGGAAGCACAAGAUGGACAUUAGUGGAAACCCCAGAGCACUUGAGAGGUUGAGAACUGCUUGUGAAAGAGCAAAGAGGACUCUCUCAUCCACAGCUCAGACGAGCAUUGAGAUUGACUCCUUAUAUGAAGGUGUUGAUUUCUACACAACCAUCACUCGUGCUAGAUUUGAAGAUCUCAACAUGAACCUCUUUAGAAAGUGCAUGGAGCCUGUGGAUAAGUGUUUGAGGGAUUCUAAGAUAGGCAAAAGCAGUGUCCAAGAUGUUGUCCUCGUUGGUGGUUCUACUAGAAUUCCAAAGGUGCAGCAAAUGUUGCAAGACUUCUUUAAUGGAAAGGAGCUUUGCAAGAGCAUUAACCCAGAUGAAGCUGUUGCUUAUGGCGCUGCUGUGCAGGGUGCCAUCUUAAGUGGAGAAGGUAAUAAAAAGGUACAGGAUCUGCUGCUCUUGGAUGUUACUCCUCUGUCCCUUGGGUUGGAGACUGCUGGAGGUGUGAUGACUGUACUGAUUCCGAGGAACACCACUAUUCCAACCAAGAAGGAGCAGGACUUUUCUACCUACUCAGACAACCAAACUAGUGUCUUGAUCCAGGUCUAUGAGGGUGAGAGAACAAGAAGUAGGGACAACAACUUGUUGGGCAAGUUUGAGCUUUCUGGCUUUGCUGCAGCCCCAAGGGGUGUACCUAAGAUCACCGUUUGCUUUGAUAUUGAUUCUAAUGGUAUCUUGAAUGUCUCUGCGGAGGAGCAGACCACAGGGCAGAAGAACAAAAUCACUAUCACCAAUGACAAAGGGAGAUUGUCUAAGGAGGACAUUGAGAAGAUGAUGCAGGAGGCUGAAAAGUACAAAUCUGAGGAUGAGAUGCUCAAGAAGAAGGUGGAAGCAAAGAACGCCUUAGAGAAUUAUGCCUACAACGUAAGGAGCACUGUGAAGGAUAAGAAGAAUGAAGACAAGAUCGCCCCUCUAGAAAAGAAAAAGAUAGAGGAUGCCGUGGAGGAGGUUAUUCAGUGGUUGGAUUCCAGCCAGUUUGCUGGGGCAGAUGAGUUUGAGGACAAACUGAAGAAGUUUGAGGCCAUCAGCAAACCAAUCAUUGGCAAUAUAUAUGAGGAUACUGUACAUCAGGUGGCUGAUGGAGUUCUUGCUGCUGGUGGUCCUCCACCUGCUGCAAGUGCUGCCGUCCCAGUGGUUGAGGAAGUUGAUUAAGUCAGGCUAGCAUUCUUUUUGGGAACUUUUAACCUGAUUCAUCCUUUUGUUGAUGGAUUGAUGCAUGUCUAGUCUGGUGGAUUCUAUAUACGCAAAUACUUCUUGUUUGAAACACUGUUGAGUUCAGUAGAUUAUUUACGCAGUUUACAAUACCAUAUGAUUCAAUGUUUUGCGCUGAAACUAUAGCACACCAAGCUUUACAGAUUGCUGCUACGAAUGCCAAUUGUGCCUAAUA